UUUUUCAUCUCGCUCAUUUUCACAGGUAAAGAAAAGGACAAUACAAUGUUGCUUGCAUUUUGUACGAACUCAUGAAAAGACGUCGUGUACGCCACAAAAAGGUCUUCAGAAGUAAUCGUGUGCCUACUAUAACAGUGUGAACGUGUAUUUCAGGAUAUAAUACAAGUUUAACUCAUCGAUCGAACAUAAAUAUGAACGAAUUGAAGUCUCUAGAACACGCUACGUUGAAGGUACCGUAUGAGGUGUUCAACAAACGCUACCGCAAUGCCCAGCGAGUGCUAGAUGUAGAAGCCCGUCAAGUGGGCAGCGGGGCUGGAGAGCUUGACACCGCUACCAGGAAGCAACCAGUCACUACUGGAGAGAUUGAUACACUUCUUGGUGGCAUGGUGGAAAAGCUAACAACGAUGAAACGCAAGGCUUCUGAAGCGAUCACAGAAGAGGUGCAAGCCGCCUAUGUCUGUAAGAAGAGGUUGGAGCACUUGAAGGAGCAGGCCGCAGCCCUGGCUGAACCCAGCACACCUCAAGUUAAGACCACACUGAACCAAUGGCGCAAGGUCCGUCUGGACCGCAUGCUUGUGGAUUACUUCCUCAGGAACGGCUACUAUGAGUCUGCCAAUAAACUGGCAGACGCUAGGGGGCUGCGGGACCUCACUAAUGUUGACAUAUACGGCGCGGCGGCUGAAGUAGAAGCGGAGCUAGUGUCCCGUCGCACGGCGCGAUGCCUGCAGUGGUGCGCAGACAACAAGUCCAAGCUCAGGAAACUCAACUCCAACAUGGAGUUCAAGAUACGGAUACAGGAGUUCAUAGAGCUGGUUCGCGAAGACAAGCGCCUGGAGGCAGUGCGUUACGCCAAGAAACACUUCUCCACUUACGAGGAAGAUCAGCUCAAAGACAUACAGCAUUGCAUGGGCAUGCUCGCCUUCCCUAAAGAUACAGAGGUAGAACCAUACCGCUCGCUCCUGCAGACGGGUCGGUGGACGGGGCUGGUGGAGCAGUUCCGCUGGGAGCACGCGCGGCUGCUGCACCCCGCCAAGCUGCCCGCCCUGCCCGUAGCGUUGCAGCUCGGCCUCGCUGCACUGCACACUCCUCAAUGUGGAGCUGCUAGGGUACCAGCGUGCCCCGCCUGCCAGCCGCCGCUGUGCACCCUCGCGAGGACACUGCCCCACGCGCACGUGUCACACUCGCGGCUGCUGUGUCGCAUAUCCAGGGCUCCGCUCAAUGAACACAACCAGCCCAUGGUGCUGCCUAAUGGACAGGUUUAUGGUGAAAAGGCUCUAAAAGAAAUGAUGAAGGAACACGGCUCCAUAAUCUGCCCGAAGACCAAGGAGGUAUUCUGUAUGAAACGCGUUGAGAAAGUCUACGUUAUGUAAAAACCUAUUUACCUUAUAAUGUAUAUACUAUACUGCAUCCCCUAUAUUAUGUACAUGCUAGCAUUUACGCGACGAUUAGUAUGUCGAAUGUCUUAACUAUAAAAAAUAAAAUUUAUAUGAAAAAUUAUUAUCAUCUUGUUUUUGGCGUGGCUAGAAAAAAAAAAGGUUUUAAAACAACUUCUAAAAUAUUGAUAUGAUUGAAGUAAAAUAUGGUGAUUUGUAAUCAUGGGGCAGCUUCUAUUUCAAAUAUCAAGUGCAAGAAAUACUGAUUUCAUGAUUAUUAGUUUCAUUUGGUUUAAUAAAUAAAGAACAUUGAAAAGUAACCUAGCUACGCCGCUUAUAUUAUAAACCUUAGUAUUAUUUUAUGUGUUUAUUUGAAAAGGAAAAAAAAUAUUAUAUUGUACAUUUAAAAAAUGCAGGAUGUUUUCAUAAGCAAUAUCGAACUUCAAGCAAAAGACAUAUUAUAGUGAAAUGUGAUUUUAAAACUUAUGAGCAAAAAAAAAAUAGACAAAUAUAGGUUAUUUUCCAAACAAAACAUUCUGUAUUUUCAAGAAAUCUAUGGAAUCUCGAAAUAUCGUUAUCUAUGCGUGCAGUAAGUAAAUUGGAGUAUUUAUAACUUUUAGUUAGAGAUGGUCCAUAAACUUCAAAAUGUGUUCUUAUAUUCAGAAUUUAAUAUUUGUCGAGAUGAAGGAUAAUCUGUAAUAUUAAUGUGUGUCGAUAGAUUCGUAGUUAAACGGUAAGUUUUGAACUUCUAAACAAAGUUAACUUUACUAUUUUAAAACACACAUUAAAAUAAAAUAUGUAUAUAUUUUUGUGCCAUUUUAGUAUAUUUAUUUGGCACACUUCACCUCAAUAAGACAGAACUUAAAAUCUUAACAAAGACAGUCAAACUUGCUUUUCGCUUAGCACGAAAAUAAAUAAAUCUGUCGAUUUAACUGAACCCUUGUGCACGUUAGGUCACUACUGUAAUUUGAAACGCUUUCAAUAAAAAUAUAAAAAAAACUAUUCUGAUUCUGUAAAAGGUUUGUAUGUAAUGAAUCAAGAAUCACUGAACUGAUUUUAGAAACUCAUUGCUCGAGAGCUAUAUUAUCCCUGAAAAAGGCUAUAUUUUAUAAAAAUACGAGCAAUAUUGUGUGCAGAAGCUAGUUUCUCUAUAAAACCAUACAGUAAUAUGUUUUAUUGUGAUUAUUUACUUGUAGUUCGUGUAAAACAUUAAAUAUCUACCGCGGACUGUGUCAUCACGUGUUUGUCUGAUGUAGAAAAUAAAUAAAUAAGCUCAUUGUAUCAUUAUUGUAAAUUGUUACAUUGGGAAAUAAAUGCAAAUCAAAAUAA